GUAAGAAGAAGAAGUAUUACGUUAUUUUUUCGGAUCGGACGUCGGAGCAGCCGAGCGGGCUGCAGGCAGUGAGACCGGGACUCUCGUACCACGCGCGCCGCAUGCCCGUCACACAAAACGAACAGUUUCUAUUUUCACGUGCCGCCGAUUCCACAGCGUGCACGGUAUUCUUUUCUUUUGUAUUUACUGGGUCUAUCGAUCGAAUGGAGUCGAAGCGGACUUAGCAGGGUAUUAAAGCGGAAUAACAGAAAAUACGGAAACAUGGGAACGAGAGUGGCAGCAGCGCAUUUCUCGGACAAGACGUUUGCUGGGGUGCCACAGCUGCUAGAAGACUUACAAAAAUUGGCCGACGAUCAUGAAUCAGCCGAUAUUGUGUUCCUUAUUGGUCGGGAAGAAGUACCCGUUUAUGCCCAUCGUAUAAUCUUAAUGACGAGGUGCAAAAGCUUCCAGUCGGUGAAGCGGAGUGAGAUAUGUCGCAUACCCGGUUGUUCCGUAUCGCCGUCCGCACCCGGGACGCCGACCCCCAUCCGGUUGCCGCAGUUCCAGGGUGAGACUUUCAAACAGUUCAUCAAUUAUGUGUACACAGGCAAGAUCGUUUUACAAGAUAGCGGGGUUUUCGAAAUGCUCACGCUGGCUCAAGAACUUGGUGUAGAAGACUUGCAAAACAAUUGUGAAGAGCACGUAACUUCAACCAUGUCCGUGUUGAACGCUUGUACAUUUUUGGCAGCAGCGAUGGACAUACAGGACAGAGCUUCCAGUGGAAAGGGAGCAAAGUCCUUCGUCGAUCGAUGUGUUUCGUUUGUGGGCGAAAACGCGGCGAAAUGCGUGAAAACCAACACGUUCCUGAACCUACCCAAGGAAUCCCUGAUCAAACUCAUAUCGUCAGAUUGCCUAGCGCUCGAAGAGGAGGACGUAUGGCGAGCCGUGGUGAACUGGGCGAAAUUUCAUGCGGGCGUGGUGCAGCGGACAGCUCACUGGACCGAAGAAGAACGAGCCAGGGUGUGCCAACACUUGUCCGGAGUCAUCAAUCACGUCAGAUUAUUGUUGAUAGACUCUCAGGUGUUUGCCGAAGAAGUGGAACCGACAGGUGCCGUGCCCAUAGAAAUGUCUCUGGAACGGUACCGUUUCGCAGCGUUACCGAACAAGUUCAAAGAGAUAUCGGACGACCAUCGUCUACAACCGCGAGUCAUGCUCAAGUUCUUUUCGGGAUCUCAUAUUUUAAGUCAAGAUAAAACCCACCUGCAACGUGUGUUGAACCAGUGGUACGGCAGUGUGAAACAGUGUUGGAAGUUGAUAUACAGAGCGUCUACCGACGGGUUUUCCGCCGAAUCGUUUCACAAGCACUGUGAUGGCGUGUCGCCUACCUACGUUUUAGUAUUGGGCGUGAACGGCUGGCUGUGCGGAGGAUACAGUGACGUACCGUGGGGUAAGAGUCACACCAAGGGUGCUUACAUGGUGUCCGACAAGAGCUUCCUAUUUUCGCUCAGCACCACUCAAGACACCCCACCGAUAAAAUACGAUAUUGUUAAAAAACCUUACGCUAUUUGCUACCAUCAAGAGAUAGGUCCGAUAUUCGGGGCAGGCGCCGACUUGCUGAUCGCCAACAAUUGCAACGCGAACAUGGACAGCUACAGCAACCUGCCGCACUCGUACGACGGCGAAAACGCGACGACCAACUCACUGAUGGGCGACUACAAUUUCACCGUAGCCGAUUACGAAGUGUUCACGCCCGUCUCAUCAUCGAAAUGAACUAACCCUGCCUACACGUUUUUGUCCACCAGACAUUGAUGACUGUGCUGUGGUUUGAUAUCAUAUUAUAGCGAAUCAGAAGAGCAAACUGAUCAAAAAUAAAAUAAAAACAAAUGUUUAAAAAUGGACAAAAAAUAUAAUAUUAAACUACAACUACAA